AUGUUACGAAAUAUUCAAAUAUAUCAAGAAAAUGAUGAUAGUUUUGAUGCAAUUACAAUUGAUCGACAAAGAGAUCAAAUUAUAAUUGGAGCAAAAAAUGCAAUAAUUCGUUUAUCUAUUAAUAAUUUUCAUUUAUUGGAAAAAUUUAAAUGGGAAUCAUCAACAAAUGAAAUAAAUAUUUGUCGUAGUCAAAUUCAAUCAUUUAAUCAAUGUGAAAAUUAUAUUCGUGUAUUAGCUUUACGAUCACAUGAUCAAUUAUUAUUAACAUGUGGUACUAAUGCUUAUCGUCCAAUUUGUAUGUGGCGUCGUCCAGAUUCUUUAUCAACAAUAAUUUCAAAUGAAAAUUUUAUUUCUGGUGAUGGAAAAUCUCCUUAUAAUAGUUAUUUUCCAUCAACAUAUAAUUUAAUUGAUACUGGUGAAUUAUAUUCAGCAACAAGUAAUGAACCAGUAUUUGGUAUAAAUGAUCCAUUAAUACAAAGAAGUUUUAGUCAAGGAAAACAAUUACGAACACAACAACAUGAUUCAAAUUGGUUAAGAAAUCCAUAUUUUAUUCGAAUAUUAAAUAUUGGUUCAUAUGUAUAUACAUUUUUUCGUGAAGUUGCUCUUGAACAUUUAUCAUGUGGAACAACUGUUUAUUCUCGUGUUGCUCGUAUAUGUAAAUAUGAUGAUGGUACAAUGAAAUUUAGUGAUACAUUUCGUUCAUUUUCAAAAUUACGUUUAUUAUGUUCAAAAAAACUUUCUAAUGAUAUUAGUUCAUUUGAUUAUAAUGAAUUACAAUCGAUUUUUUUUGAUCAUACAACAAAUUUAAUUUAUGGAGCUUUUAAUUUACCAAAAAGUGGUUUAUCUGGAUCAGCUAUAUGUAUAUAUAAAGUUGAUGAAUUACAACGUGUAUUUACAUCACCAUAUUUAACACAAAAAUCAAAUGAAUCAUAUUGGUUACCAUCAACAUUAAAACAAGAAUCAGAAAAAUGUGAACCAAAUCAAUCAAAUGAAAAUUUAAUAUCAUCAGGACCAAUUCUUCGAUCAGGUGUACUUUAUUCAUCAUAUGAUCCAUUUAUAUUAGAUAAUAUUCGUAUUGGACAUUUAUUAAUUAAUAAUUUUAAUGAUAUAACAAUUUUAUUUGUUAUUACUUUUGAUAGUUUAGUAUUAAGAAAAUAUUCAUUAAUUAAUAAACAAUUAUGUUUAAUUGAACAUAUACAAUUAAAACCAAUAAAUAUUCCAGAAAAUCAAUGGAAAAUUAAUAAAGCUGAAUUUAUCUUAGAAACAAAAGAGAUCAUAAUGACAACAACGAUAUCAGUAAUAAAAUUAUCUGUUGCACGUUGUGAUCGUUUUAAUACAAGUAAUUUAUGUUUAUCUGCUAUGGAUCCAUAUUGUACAUGGGAUAAUAAUCAACAACGAUGUAUUCUAUAUACAAAAUCACCAUCGACAUUUUCUUCUUCACGUCCAUUAUUUACAUGUCCUAUUCUUAAUACAACAAUUGAUGGUGGUUGGAGUUCGUGGUCAUCAUGGUUUAUAUGUGAACAAGUAACAGGUGAAAAAUGUCAAUGUCGUACAAGAACAUGUACACAACCAAUACCACAAUUCGGUGGUCGAUUAUGUCAAGGAUUAAAUGUUGAAAUAAAUCGUUGUGAAGUUCAUGGUGGUUGGUCAACAUGGAGUGAAUGGAGUAUAUGUCCAAAAACAUGUGGAAAAUCAUUUCGAUCAAGAAUACGAACAUGUACAAAUCCUGAACCAAAAAAUAAUGGUCGUUUAUGUAUUGGAACUGAACGUGAAGAAGAAUUAUGUCCAGAAAUAAUCUGUUCCGAUCAAUCAUUACGUUUAAGUUCUUGGACGGAUUGGGAUACAUGUUCAAAUAUAUGUGGUGGUGGAAUACAAAAACGAAGAAGAACAUGUUUGAUUAAUGAAGAUAAAUGUUCCGAAUGUUUAGAAGAAACACGUUUAUGUAAUGAAUUACCUUGUCCAAUUCAAGAAGUAACAUUAUGGAGUGAUUGGACACCUAUAUUAAAUCCAAGAAAUGAUGGUCUUAUUAAUGAAAAACGUACACGUUUUCAAUGUAAAAUUGAUUCAUCAUCUGGUCAACAAUUACCAGAAUUAAAAUCAGAUACAAUUAUGUAUCGAGUAUGUAAUAAUCAAGAAGGAAUUAAUUGUCAAGAAACAGAUUCUUUAGAUAAUUUAAAUAUUGAUAAUUGGUCAUCAUGGUCAGAUUGGAGUGAUUGUUAUCCAGGUUGUGAUAUAUCUGGUUCAAUUGAAACUCGUCGUCGUACAUGUUUAGGAAAACAUUGUUUAGGAAAUGAUAUUGAAAAACGUGAAUGUUUAUCUUGUAUAUCAUUUAAAUCAAGUAAUUGGUCAUGUUGGACAGAUUGGUCAGAAUGUUCAUUAUGUCAAUCAUCUAGAUUACGUUCAAUAAAAUAUCGUACACGUCAAUGUCUUACAAAUUCUUGUCAAGGUGAAUUACGUGAAGAACGUUUAUGUUCAACAUGUCCAUUAUUAUUAAAAACAUUUCCAUUAAUUGAUUCAUUUAAUGAAAAUCGUUUUACAUUAAUACAUAUAAUAGUUGUUUGUUUAAUAUCAUUUUUAUUUGGUUGUCUUUUAAUGAUAUGUAUUAUAAUUAUAUGUCGUUAUCGUCGUCGUCGUCAUCAUUCUCAUUCUCAUUAUAGACAUAGACAAACAUCAAAUACAUUUCUUCAUACAGAUGAUCGAGAUUAUUUUCAAGCAUCAACAUCAAAUUCAUCAUCAAGUCCACAUACAGCACAAGAUUCUGAUACAUUUACAACAUUAUCAAAUACAAAUAAUCAUACAAAUAAAUUUCGAAGUUUUGAUUCAUCAUCAUCAUCAACAAAUGGUGGUGGUGGUGGUGGUGGUGGUGUUAGUGCAUUUCUUAAAGAUAUUCCAUCAAGAAAAUUAAAUAUGUAUAUUAAUCCAAGAGAAAUGCCACCAUUACCACCAGCAGCAACAUUAAAACGAACAUCAUUAAUGUCAUCAAUGAAAACAAAUCUUGAUGCUGAUGAUCUUUAG